UUAAGCUUCCAUACGAUCCGAUUUUAAGUAUGUCAUUAAGAGCCUGGAUAUGUUUCGCUACUGAAACUUGUGUAAUUCAUGUUGUGGAAGUUGUAUAUAGUUUGCGCCUGGUUAUUAAUAUUGAAGAUCGUUUUAUAACUAUUCUCAAAAAUGGAAUCAAGCAAUACAAUACAGAUAUGCAUUGGAAUGUGAUAUGGAAUAACAUUCAGCAUUCAUACACAUGCUGCGGUGUUACAGGACACCAUGAUUGGAAGAAUAUUAUCUGGUUAAAUCCUAAUGACGAGCAAUAUUUUUUAAAAUUGAAUCGGACGAAUAAAUUUCUUGUCCCGUCCAGUUGCUGCUCACAAUCAAAAACACUGUGUAAAAUUCUACACUCGACAUAUACAAGCUCAACUCUAAUAGAGCAGCAUCAGAUAAAUGAAAAUUUGAUCUUCAAAAAUGGAUGUUUGCAUCCGUUAAUCUGGAAAAUGACUGGCAUGUUCAAAAUAAUUUCAAUUUUGAGUAUCAUCAAUAUCAUUAUUCAGUUUGUUAUCUUCAUUUUAUUUAGGGCACUAUUUGUUCGGAAUCGUCAGUAUUUGUAAAUGGGCAUAAAUUAACAAACGCCAUGAUUGCUGACAGAUUAAGUGCAAGAACCUGGAAGAUAGUCUCGUCACAUACUCAGGCAGAUAGGAGGAGUGCAAUGAAAGGAAUUUCAGUCUGUUUGUUAUUGUCAGAGGUACAAUGUCGUUCGAGUACUUAGAGAUACAAGACUCUGAUUAUUUAGAACACCAUGUUGAAAAUGAAGAACUUGAUUAUAUUCUAGUAAAGAAUCGCUCGAUAGAAACUGUUCCCAUUGAGUCUUGGAAUCCACCAGCGUAUUGCUUUACACGAAGAUUCCAAAACUAUGAAGGGGAAUUAAAGAAUUUCGCAGUACAUCCUGAUGAUAUAUGGAUAGCAUCUUAUCCCAAAAGUGGUACAACAUGGUGCCAAGAAAUGGUGUGGUUAAUAUGUAACAAUUUGAACUAUGAUGCGGCGAAAACUCAACCUUUGAAAACGCGAUUCCCAUUCUUGGACGUCAGCUUGAUACAUGAUUUACCGGAUGGAAGAAACUCUUUUCAGGUUGUACAAAACAUGCCAUCACCGAGAUUCAUAAAGACACAUUUACCAGUGUCUAUGCUACCAACGCAAUAUUGGAGCACUCUACCGAAAACUGUGCAUAUUUGCAGAAAUGUAAAAUCUGUUGCUGUUUCAUAUUAUCAUCACUCGAAAAACUAUUUCUUCCGUGGGACAAAGGAGCAGUUCGUCAGAUCAUUUAUGAAAAAUUUACAGUUCUACUCUCCGAUUCAUAGUCACGUGAUCGGUUAUCAUUCGCUAAUAGGCUGUAAUAAUAUUCUCUAUUUGACAUACGAAGAUAUGAAGCAAGAUCUCAGAAAAGAGGUCGAAAGGGUUUGUUCUUUUUUCAAGCUCAACUAUAAUUGUGAUCAACUGGACUCAUUGUGCAAACAUAUAUCGUUUAAUUCUAUGAAAAACAAUAUAGCUUGUAACUAUGAGGAUGCAGCGGAUAUGGAUUGGAAGAACAAGGACCCGGAUUCAAGAUUUAUUCGCAGGGGAGAAGUAGACAGUUGGAAGAAAGAGCUAAGUUCAGAAUUGUGUCAGGAGUUAGAUGAGUGGAACGAGAAGUCAAUCGAAAAUGAAAGAUUCAGAGGAUUAUUUACUUGAAGUAUUUAUUU